GAUAGGAAACGACGUACAGACAAAGGAAGAUAACGCGAGUGUAUCGAAAAUUACCACAGCGCAAAAAAAAAAGAAGAAAAAAAAAGCCGUUUUCGGUGGGCGGUCUAUAAUUACCCUUGCAGCGCGCGCUGUGCGUUUCCGACACAAAAGACCAUUUCGUGCGCGCCGCUCUGUUGUACUGGUGCCUAAUUUCUUCGUCUACGCCUUAUCAUCAUCAUCUUGCGCCUUUGUCCUUGACCUUUGGCCAUGCUUUGGCUACGACGCUGAGACGGCUUGCGUACUAUUGGAACGCCUGGAAAGUCCCACGGAACGCACAUUCUUAUCGCCUCAAAGGUAUUUGUUCAGGAGAGCUUGAUGUCAGUUAAAAACACGAAAUAUGUACAUAAACUCGAGAGGCCACGUCCUACAGGUCCAGCAGAGCUUCCAGGGUCCGAUCCUGACAGGUCUUCGACGCCUGUGCUCAGUCCUGCCGAGGACAUGACCUCGCCGAUCGACGUUGUAAUGAGCGCCUCAGCCGAUGAAUUCUUGCUCAGUCAGAUGGAGUCACUUUGUGCUUCCCUCGACAAUGGGAACCACAGCGAUACCAAUCUAGAACAGGUCUGUCGCCUUCUGAAAGUCAAGGGUGCUGCCAUGGAACCAUUAUUCAAAGACCAGUUGGACACACACUUCAUCACCCUGCGCAACGCUUCCCGUGACGACAAACUCGACGCUUUCAGCCGCUUGAUGCUCCUCGAACUGGUUGAACUGCGUGCCAUGGGCUGGAAGAGCAAUGAGGAGGCAACGGAGUAUUAUUGCCGCAAGAUUGAAGAGCUCGGGAUUGAUUCCGUCGUGUACGACGACGCUUAUGCAGUGAAACUGGCCCGCGAGUUCCAGCAGAAGCAGCAACAGGAGCAGCGUUCACAAAUGGAAACUUUCAAGACGGGAACCAAGCCUGCGGCAACGCCGAUCUUGCCGUGGGCCUCUCAAGACAUGAAGAAUCCCGAAAAUUCUGCCAACCCACGAAGUGUCUCAUAUCAAGGACCCCUAAAAGGUGCGGCUACUUUUCAAAACCAUAGCAUCUGGAAAGAGAGCCCUAAUCUGCAAGACGAACAAAUGCAUAAGCGGUCAGGAACCUCCGAUAUGCCAGCCAAGGCUACAUGGCAGCACUUUUUAAGAAACGAAGAGGUGGUUCAAAAUGCUAAUGCAAGUACACAAGUCCAGACUGAAGGUGUUGUGGAAAUGGCUAAAGUAAUUUCUGAGGACAUCACUCAGUACAGUGGGCCUCCAAUGCAGAAUGGAAAGUGGGCCAAUGGGACAACCAAUGACUAUCUUAAUAUGUAUCAGAAGACUGCUCCUGCUGAGGCUGAUGGCGACGCUAAGACAUGUGUAGAGACCAUCACUGUUGGCAAGGAUCUCAUCCAGAUCAGUGGAACAAACGGCACUAUUGUUGAUAUCUCCACAUGUGUACUACGGAGCUUCUUUUCCGGAACAACAGCAGACACAUUUAACCUUGCAAACCAAGAUUUGUCUAGCAUGCUCUCUGGGUCAGGUGAGCCAUCGAACAAACCUACAGUGCCUUGGCUGCACACAGAUGCAGUGCAUGUGCAGGGGCAAACUUUUGAAAACAGUAGUUUUCAGAAGAGCCAGUUGGACAGCUCACAUGGCGAAGCUUACGAAAAAGAUGAACUGAGACUUGUGACAGAUGCAGUGGCUUGGCCGCUGAGGAACACCUUGCAGUCUGUCGAUGCAACGAAGACACAGUCUGCACAAGGCAGUUUUGAGAGAUUUGGAGAUACCAGUGGACCUUCUGAGAAUACGCGAUACAAGGAACUUGAAAGCCUUACAGAAUUCAACAAUCAGUGCAUGCUUCCAACUGACUUCAAAGCUUGGGGCAGUAAUGACAAACCUGAACAAACCAAGCAAAUCGAUAGGCUCGGAAGCUCAAUGCAGUUUUCAAGAAGUGUUGACAACAAGCAUAUGCCUUCGACUAGCUCCAAGACGUUGGGCACUACCAGUGAACCUGGCCAACCUGAUCAGUUCAAGGGCCUUUUGAAUCCAUCACAGUUUUCAAACGAGGAUGAUGGCCAACUACUCUCAGCUGGCUUGACUGCAUUGGCUAGUAGUGAGGCACGCAGCCAAACAAGACAGUUGGCGAGACUUGUAGGCUCGAUGCAAUUUUCGUGCAACACUGAAAACCAGAAGGUGCCUUCAGGUAACUUGAAGCCAUUAGGCUACACAGAUGGUCCCAGUCAGACUAAGCAAUUCGAGGGGCUUGGAAGUGCAACACAGUGUUCAAGCAAUACUAAUGAGCACAUGCUUUCAGCUGCCUUCAAGACAUUGAGUACUAAUGGCCAAACAACUGGGAAAAGGCAGCUCAAAGGAUUUGCAAAUUUCCCAGAGUUUGAAAGACGUGCCGAUGACCAGCAAGUGCUCCUGUCAUCAACUUUGUCAGAGGCUGCUGGUCCACCUUGCAGCACUCACAGAGGCCUCAAGAUGUACACUAGAGAGUUCCUCCUGCAGUGUUCCCAGUCGUCGCUGGCCACUCAAGAACCACCGGACUUUCCAGUGCUGGAUCCCGAGGUGUCAAUGCGAUGUUGAAGAAGGUUCACCACAAAGUGAACAAUUAAGCUUAAACCAACAACCCAUUCAUCCUCACCAAUCUUAAU